AUGCGUUCCAAGGACUCUGGUCCAACCACCAUUGUCGAAUGGUUCGCAGGGACCAGCGCCGCAUCUGUAGCUCGCAGAAGACGCCGACGAGCACGCCAACAAGCCGACGAAGCCCGUAGCCUCUUCCGCCUCGAAGUGACGACCGAUGACGAGUUCGGAGAAGACACAGUUCAUGUGACGUACCCACGCACGGGAGGUGGUCGCUGUUGCGAAAAUCAUGCACCGCAGCCAGAGCCUGAAGCAGAACCGGAGGCGGAACAGGCCCCUGAAGCCGCGUUCGAAUCAGCUGCCGAAGAAACCACUGUCAAGAAGGUUCGCUUCGAGCAAAGCAAGCCGAGAAAGUCUGCUCUCAAGAAAACCAAGCAACACACCACCACUACCACCACCACGACAGUCACUACAUCAUCCUCCGAGGCCGAACCUGAGUCGCAGUCAGAGUCAGCCGCCGAAGAACCGUCCGCCGUUGAGAGCUCUGAGGAGUCGGAGCCUGCCAAGCCUGUGAAGAAGGUGAAGAAAUCCCGGAGGUCGAAAGAGGCUGAAAAGGACAGCACGAGUGAAUCUGAAGCGUGCGAUUGCGAGGUAUGCACCAACAGGAGACGAAAGGCUCGGAAAGCUUCCGAGGGAAAGAAACAGCAAGACACCUCCGACUCCGAGGCGAGUUCUGGCUCCAAGACCAAAAGGAGCAAGAAAAAGAAGAAAAAGGUUGAAACACGCGAGACAUCUGAGUCUGAAGCGGAUGCAACCUCCAAGUCAAAGAAGGUGGGCAAGAAAGCGAAGAAAGUCAAGGAGGUGGAGGAGACCGAUUCUGGAACCGAGACCGAAGCAACCACAGGCGAGGAGACGGAAGAGGAGUCGGAGUCUCCGCCCAAGAUGAAGAAAAUGUCCAAAGCAAAGCAGAAGAAGAAGAUGUUCGAGCAGCAAGCGAAGCCUCCAAAAGAUGCCGAAAAGUCUAACGGGCAACCCGAACCCAACUCUUCUAGGCGGAGGGACCAGAAAUUGAGCAACUAUCCCGAAGCCAACAACAGGCCGGCGCCGAACUCACGUCGACCUCAUUACCUCGAGCCAAUACGUGCUGAAACAGUACAGACUGAAAAAGUACUCGAAGGCCCCGAGGACCCGCGCCCCAAUGCGUACUAUGACCCUCAGCACAAUGUGCUUCGUGUGUAUCACGGACCCGUCUGGGGUUCUCGGGGUGAACAGGCGCUGUAUCCUGAGCGCGACCAGUUCAUGCGCCCUCCGUCUGUUGGCGUACCUCAUCCCCUACACAAUCCGUACGAGUAUGGCUUCAGGGGCAACACAUACGGCCACCGCCCACCGUAUGGACUGUCAUAUGAGGAACGCUACGGCCAUCACGCUCCUCCCUACGGGCCGCCUCCCAACCUCUACAAUGAUUGGCGCCAGCCCCCUAAUCACAACACAGCCAUGCCCAGUGGCUAUCCACCAUUUGAGCGUAGACCAUCUUGCAUGAACAAGGGUGCCUUUGCUGACAUGGCGGGCGCCAACGGUCCAGGCAACAGCCCAGCCAAGACAAAAUCUGCCUCCAACAACGUCUGUCCAGGUAGCGUCAAGGAGGACCAAGGCGAUAAGAACUCAUACUACGAAGCCGCAAAGUCCAAGUUUGCGACAUGGAGUGAUCGCCAGCCAUCCAACGCCAGCCAGAAAUCCAACAAUACCAACAAGGCCGCCGACGCAUGGGGCCAAGCGGCGGACAAAAAUAACAGCAACAAGGACACGACGGCUUGGCCUGAGACUACCGACGCUCCUGCGGACAACACUGCCUGGACCACCAGCGACAAUCAACCCACUGACGACGCAGCGGGCCAAAAGGACAACGACGGCUGGGCAACUACGCAGAGCGCAACUGGCGGGUCGGCCUGGGGCAGCAACGCGCAAAACUCGGCGGCAGGCCAGGAGGAAAACAACAUCGCACCUGGAGCCACCACCAUGCCAGGGUCCUGGGAUGACGGGAAUGCAGAUGCUACGGCCCCGGUCUGGGGGGACAAGACGGCGGCGGCGAAUACUGGUGGCCUCGCGGAUAAGGAGGAGGUGAGCAACGUGCUACCCAGUGAAGGGUGGUAG